AGGGCAUGAUGGCUAAGAAGCCCCCGAAACCUGCCCCUCGCAGGAUCUUCCAGGAAAGACUAAAGAUCACUGCUCUACCCCUGUACUUCGAAGGUUUUUUAUUAGUCAAACGGUCUGAUCACCAGGAGUACAAACACUAUUGGACAGAGUUGAGAGGAGCCACACUUUUCUUUUAUACCGACAAAAAAAGUACAAUCUAUGUUAGCAAGUUAGACAUAAUAGACCUUGUAUGCCUUACUGACCAAAAUUCAACUGAAAAGAAUUGUGCAAAAUUCACUCUUGUUUUACCUAAAGAGGAAGUACAACUAAAGACAGAAAACACAGAAAGUGGGGAAGAAUGGAGAGGCUUCAUUCUUACAGUAACAGAGCUGUCAGUUCCUCAACACGUGUCACUUCUACCUGGACAAGUGAUCAGGCUGCAUGAAGUCUUAGAGAGAGAAAAGAAAAGAAGGCUCGACACAGAACAGCUGCCAGCUAUGCCUGCGGAGAAGGAGAAGGAGAAGGAGCAGGGACCAGUACAAGGUUAUGUGGAUGUGUUGAACCCGAUGCCAGGAUGUUUCUAUGCAGUUUCCCGGAAAGAAGCAACCGAGAUGCUGGAGAAGAACCCUUCUUUGGGAAAUAUGAUCCUGAGGCCUGGUAGUGACAGUAAAAACUACUCCAUCACCAUUCGGCAGGAGAUAGAAAUGCCAAGAAUCAAGCACUACAAAGUGAUGAGCACUGGAAAGAACUACACCAUUGAACUGGAAAAGCCUGUAACACUCCCAAACCUUUUCAGCGUCAUUGAUUAUUUUGUGAAGGAGACCCGAGGGAAUUUGAGACCAUUUAUACAUUCAACUGAUGACAACCUUGGUCUAGAGCCCAACAUAGAAGAGAGAAGUGAGAAGCCUAAGAAAAAUCCACACAAGGCAUGA